GGUAUAAACUAACGCUUUGAAUUUGUGAAUUUGCAGGGUCUAUUGAUGUUAUCCUUGGCGUCUUCAACGCUGUUGAUUAAGCCUGUGAGGUGCGGUGAUGGAAUAGAGAAAUGCGCGCCGCCGACCGGUUCCGGGAAUGCCAUAUUUUACGUCGCCAUUUAUCUGGUGGCGCUUGGCUACGGCGGGCACCAGCCCACGGUUGCGACGCUGGGGGCCGACCAAUUCGACGAAUCAGACCCUAGAGAAAUGGCUUCCAGAACGGCUUUCUUCAGCUGCUUCUACUUCGCGCUCAAUCUUGGAUCGCUCUUCUCCAACACCAUCUUGGUUUACUUCGAGAAUAGUGGGAGUUGGACUGUGGGGUUUUGGGCUUCUACCGGUUCAGCAGUUACGGCGUUGCUCCUCUUCUUUGUGGGUUCCCCGGGGUAUACUUAUGUUCAGCCCUUUGGUAACCCUUUCACCCGCAUUUCUCAAGUGUUUGUAGCUGCUUACCGGAAAAUCCGCGUUAAAUUCCCCGAAGGACAGGAGUUGUACGAGGUUGCACCCAGCUCUCAAUCCUCCAUUAGAGGAAGUCGGAAGAUCCUGCACACUAAUAACCUCAAGUGUUUGGACAAGGCGGCGAUAGUGACACAGAAUGAUAGAUUGGGGUUGCCAAAUCCAUGGAGGCUGUGCACGGUGACGCAAGUGGAAGAAACAAAAUGCAUACUGAGAUUGCUUCCCAUAUGGGCGUGCACCAUAAUGUACUCCGUCAUCUUCACUCAAAUGUCGUCGCUAUUCGUGGAGCAAGGCGAAGUUAUGGACACUCAUCUGGGCGGCAGGGGAUUCCGCAUCCCAGCGGCCAGCAUGUCCGCCUUCGACAUUUGCAGCGUCCUAAUCUGCACCAUCCUCUACCGCUUCGUCGUCAUCCCUACCACCUCCGCCUUGAGCAAGAACCCCAAGGGCAUCACCGAGCUCCAGCGCAUGGGGAUCGGGCUAAUGAUCGGAAUGCUAGCCAUGGUGGCCGCGGGCGUGACGGAGAUCCACCGGCUUAGGAACGUGUCCCCGGGGGAAACAAUGAGCCAACUCAGCAUCUUCUGGCAGGUGCCGCAGUACGUGCUGGUGGGCGCGUCGGAGGUGUUCAUGUACAUCGGACAGCUGGAGUUUUUCAACGGCCAAGCCCCGGACGGGAUCAAGAGCUUCGGCAGCUCGCUUUGUAUGGCGUCCAUGUCUCUCGGGAAUUACUUCAGCAGCAUGUUGGUGAAGGUGGUGAUGGACAUCACAGUACGGGGCGGCAGGAAGCCCGGAUGGAUCCCGGAAGACUUGAACUCCGGACACAUGGACAGGUUUUACUUCCUCAUCGCCGGAAUGGCUGCCGUGGAUUUCGUGCUAUUUGUGCUCUGUGCAAAAUGGUAUAAAUUCAUCAAGCUUGAAGAAAACGAGGAAGAAGAGCAGUUAGGAGAUGAACAUGGUCCUGAUCGUAUAGUUUAGUUUGUAUCUUUUCUUUUGGGACAUAUAACUAUUGCUGCUUCUACUCCCAUUAUCUUGAUCGAUGUCUAGUGUAUGUAUAUCUCUUCAUAGUGAAUGAUGAAAUUUUUGAGUUCAUAUUA